AUGUAUACCACUUAUAUAAUGGCAAAGAAAAGGGGCAUAAAUAUUGCCGUUAUGAUAUGUCUUGUCUUGUUUUGGAAAAACACGCUAAGCGAAGGUAGCAGCUCUGGUGAGUAAAUCUUUUCUCUAUUCUUGGUUUGCAACCACGUGACGAGGCGGCCAUGUUGGGGGUCAAAACAAAAGAAUAUUUCCUCGAAGAAUUUACGUGAAAAUAGAGUUUAGUUCCCGGAGGAGAGAAAUGCUUUUGUUCUUGACCACCAACAUGGCUGCCGUGACGUCACCUGCAAACCAGCAAUUGUGGUAUUUUGUUACACGUUACUUGCUUCCGCAAAAAUUUCAUUUGUCAAAUAGAAUAUACCAUGCGAAGGCCAAGCGAGGACAAAAAAUUAUUGGAUAAGUCACAGUAGAGUAUUUCACACUAUUAUAAUGAAGUACAAAAAGUUUGGACAGACAUUCUGUAUUUCGUUACCUCCUAUAAAAUUAUGUCUGAAACGGAAUUAGGCUGAACGGAAUAUUAGAAACCUUCUGAAUAGACAAUAGCCUCGAAACGUGUGUUUCUUCCUCAUCGAAAGUGCACGUUUCAGUUUGCUUUUUGUAUUUGGCUCUGAAGUCUAGUCUCUACUCUCUUUUUGGGAAAAUUGAAUAAACAAACACAAACUGGUACUGUUUCAGAAAUUCACAUUCGUGAUUGUGUACAACACUCAGAUAAAACAAAUGAAUUGAUAUUUUAAAUAAACUGCUUUCGAUACUAGGAAAAACAAACCUAAUCAGCUGUCGGUGUUCUGUGAAUAAUAUAGACUGAUUUGCUGCUAUAGAAAAUCUUAGUAAAUAUCGUAACUAAUAAUAAAAUAUCCGAUAGCUUCCUGGGGCGUAGCCAUGCAGGCAUUUUUUCAGGUUAAACCCAGGAGGUUAAUAAUAAUAAUAAUAACAACAAUAAUAAAUAAUAAUUAUUAUUAUUAUUACUAUGUUAAUAAUGAUGAUGAUUGAUAUUUUGUUUGAUACUUUUAUAUGGCAGAAAUUUAACUCAAAAACUAAAAGCACAGAAUGCGCGCUGAUGAAGAAUUUUAAAAUAAGUAUGAAUAGAAAAAAUGCUAGGUGUGCCGAUAAAAGACUUCUAUAAAUAGAUUUAGCAUGAAACAGCUUUGUAAAGUGAAAAAGAAGCAAUUCCAAUGAUUAAUGUUAAAAAUGAAUUAAAAUACUACUUUUAACCAAAUCAAUUUUUCGCUUGUCAAUGUCCAACGUAAAAAGUAACUUGCAAUAUCUGUCUUUGACCCUGUAAAAGUGCACAUUUGUUUAAAACGUUAGCACGGAAAUACAUUAUGAAUAUGUCAAGUCCCUUUCCGAAAAAAUAAUGCCAUUAUCUGUAUACUUGCAAGGAAUGCUUGAGCGUCAGUGUCAAUUAUCUACUAUCCGUCAAAAAAAUGCAAGUAUAACAGGCUUUUUUGUACAAAAAUCUCUGAUGACUCUUUUUCAUAUAUGUGAGACAAAAGUAAACUCUUUAUAUGCACGCAAGAAAGCUUAAGAUGAUAGUGAAUCUGUUGCUGACAUCAAUAAACGCAUGUACGUUUUUACCCUCCUUAUGGUACUCUAAUUUAUGAUCUUUGGCUUCGCAUGCUUUGGCUUCACAAGCGUCUCUGUAAAUUUCACUUGAAAGCAUAAAAGCAUGUAGGAAGAAAAGCAGAAGGCCUGGGAUAGACGUUCUAAGCAAGGGAGCCUGGGAAGUGCUCAUAGACAGCGAAACAGCGACACAAGGGAACAACGUUAGUUCAAGCAAUUUUGGUCGAGAUUCAGUAUGGAAAAGUAAACUACUCCCUGCGAACAGCCAGAAGUGUUGCGACAGCAGACUUUUGGUCCUAAAAUGACCUAUUUUUAGUUUGAUCAAACUAUUUUAACAACACGUGCUAACCUACACUAAUUUCUGCUCAAAUUCCUGUUUAGCCCGGGCUAAAUGGCUUAAAGGCAGCUACGCCAGUGGCUUCCAUAAACUGUUGCUUCCAGUCAACCAUUCCAGAUACGGCCUGGAUCACUUAAGUACGAUUUUCCAAAGUGUUUUAACACUUUGGAAUGUAAGAGGCCCUAAAAACCUUUAAUCAUAAAAUUAAACUGCUUGUGUGAGAAAACGUUCCUAUGGCAAUAUAAAAAUGUGUUUAAGGUGUUUCGAUACAGUUUUUCAGAGGCCAUACCGAAAUUUUUCAAUCGCUUUAAAAGUGAUUUUAUCCUUGUCUGAUCGCUAUAAAAUUUUCACCAAUGAUUGACUAAUAACGAAAAUGGAGGCUUCGUUCGUGAGCCCAGUUAUCGGCCGACGAGCCCAGUUCUCGGCCACAAAAGAGUGCUCUCGGUUUCUCAGAAUAGACAACGCUUUAUCGCCAUUUUUUUGUUGUUAAAUCACUUAUAAGGCUUGUGUUUUAAUAUUUCGAUCACAAAUUAUCCUUAAAGAGCUUUGUUUGCUGUUAGAAAACGAAGUUUUUUGCACACCUAGUUUUUCUCUUAAGGGCAGUCUAGCGAGGCUAAAAAAGAGUUGGGUAUUUUAAACAGGGUUUAAGUCAGAACUCAUAGUUUUAAUUCAUAUCUACUGUCAGAACACUUCUUUCUUUCAUUCUUGCCACAGCGAAUGAAAUUGUACUUAAAAUUUCGGUCGCCCUGCCAUCAAAAAACUCCAUUCAAAAUUAUGAGCGCUUUUUAGUGUUGACGGUGAGCAGGGUGGCCGAGAAUAGAGAAAUACAGAAAAGUAUUAAGGAAAUAUUGAGGAGGGAAUUUAGGUCAAAGAAUAAAACAGGCCAGCAAACGUUUAUAUUUAACAGAUAGCUUUAUCGCUCUACGUUCUUUAUGCCAAGAAUUGGCUCAUUUGGGCCCUCUAUACGGAUAAAAUAUAAAUUUGAAUUAAACCAUGUAAUUCGAGUAGCCGUAAACAAACACGUUUUCGGGGAAACCAAAUUCACCUACCUUCGCGUCACCUCGACGUGCUCACAGGAUAUAGUAGCUGUAAACUCAAACCUCGGCAGGACGGAAGACAAGGAAUCAAGCUACCUUUGGAAACAAUUGCUUUUUAUUCAGAUUCAUUUGUGGCUCGAAAAAUAAACGUUGUACAAAAAGUGGCCGAGAAAUGGGCCCCAUACUGUAUAGAUUGAAAUUUGUCAAAAUGUAGGUUUUAGUAAAAUCGAUAUUACUAUGACAACAAUAAACAAAAAACUGUGAAAUUGAUAAACGCCUAAUUUUGCGAUAUCUAGACCAGCUACUGAAAAUCCAACACUAGGAACUUAAAGUUUGGUGUUUAGCAAAUAACCUCCGCAAGAAGUAAAAAAUUCUGUAUGUUUGAAUUCGUCUAAAGCGAAAAUAUAUUUCAAACCUUAAAUUUUCAAUAGCCGUGAUAAAUUAUUUAACAAAAACGUUAUAAAUGACUCAAAUUAUUCUUAAGUAGCGUCAGAAUCCUGCUUAAUAUCAUAUUUCGAGGCUAGGAAAUUUUGGUGUAUUUUCGUUCUUGCCAUCUUGAAAACUAACCCGUCUUCUCACCACCUGUAUAAGUGCAACUUCGUUCAAAAUUUGGACUUUUAGCGCUUUUUUGUAUAUCUCUGAAACGACUCGAACGAAUUCCUUUAAAAUCUCUUCUCAUAAUGUUCAUAAUGUAUGCAAUAAUGUAAUUAAGAUUGAUUCACUGCAACACUUUACAAUUUCAAGACAAACUAAUCCUACUUACCGGUCAAAAAUCCGCGCUACAAAUUACAUUCGCUGUUUUGACGUCAUGCUAAGCUUUCCAGCUUAAUGCGGACAAUACAUAUAUCCAUGACAAUUAGGUAAAUUUCAGUGUGAGUAUUUUCAAUGUUUUACAGUCAAAGGAUGCGAUAAAUUUAAACUAAAAAUGUACUUGUCAUGGAGGUAUGUAUAGUGCGAAUUAUUUUGGAAAAAUUAGCAUAACGUCGAAACAGUGAACGUUGUAGCGCUCCGUAGGGACGGGUAGGAGAGAACCUUGGGAACGGGGUUGCAAAUUGACCACUUAAGCAUAUCUACACUAAAACGUUUCUAAGAUAGUCAUACUGACAUAAAGACAUCCGGAAUCUUACCUCAAGAAAAUGUAGUAGGUUAAGCUUCCUUUGUAGCCUUUGCCAGUCUCUCUGGCAGUGCAAGUGAGCGAAAAAGCGGGCGAGCAGCGUCAAAGCGAGUAAGCCUCCAUCUCUCCCCAGCCCCGGGCACGCGGUUUUCGUGCAACUCCUCUAGAUCUGCUUUCCCUACUGUCUUGGAGCCUUCUACUGCGCUUAUAUAUAUGCACUUAUUAGUUAAAUAUGUCAGUUGUCAUUUUCCCUCCCUUUACAGUGCAUUCAGAAAACGUUGAACACGUCUGCUCCGAGUACUACUUUGAUUCCAAAAUAAAUAAUAACUGGGAAGACGCCGAGCAAUACUGCAAGGAAAGAGGCUAUGAUGGUCUGGUCUCCAUGCAAACCGAGAGGGAAUGGGUGUAUUUUAAAAACAUUACAACUAACAUUACAGACGAGCAAAAGAGA